AUGCUCCUUGAGGACUUUGUCAGACUGUAUGAAAACAACCGAUAUGGAAUUCAAAAGUACGUUCUUCUCAAAGAGUUGAAGGGUAAUGUACCAGGAUAUCAUGAUCCAGCGUCGGUGUCACAAGCGCUGACAUCGUACGUCACAAAGCCAUCUUUUACCUUGGAGUACCACCGCAGUUCAUCUUCCGCCGCUGGAUACCAUGAAGCGUUCAUCGAUUUCGUUAUUACAGAAGAUACUCCACAUUCCAUGAAUAGCCGCUGCUCAGCUUUAUCUGGUUAUGUGAGCAAUAUUUUCAUCUGUGAUACGGAUGGUGUAAAUAAUCGUGUCAACUGUCCAAUCGAAUUCUUGCCCACUGUGGCGGGAUAUAAUCCGUCCUUCUCGCGGCAAUGCACGAAUCGGCCGGCUACUUCACCGCCUUAUUAUUAUUAUUCGUCCACGCCUAAUUACUGGAAUACGCAAAGCAGUCAUGACAAUGGUUUGGGCCCCGGCGCCAUUACGGGAAUCGUCAUGGGCUGCGUGUGUUUUGUCGUCUUCCUCAUUGUCGUUGUUGCCGAGGUUUGCGCCAGACGAAAGAUAUCGCGCAACCGACCCAUCGUUCCGACAUCGACAAGAGGCACCUUGCAAACCAGUCGGCCUAUUGUAGCCGAUGCGCCUGUUUUUGCUGUCGGACCCACUCCGCCAUUUAUGGGAGCUCCGCCUUCUUAUGAAGAAGUUACUGCAUCACCGGCACAAGGCAGCGUUCCUAUGCCUCAGCCGCCAAUACCAAAAUUUUAAUUGUAUCCUAUGCUCACCCAAAACUGCUUGCAAAUUUACCAUCUGUGAUAUUAGUAAUUACAAAACCUAAAGAUCUCUGUGAUGUGCAAACUAUGUGUAUCAUUUUGUAUGCCACUGUAUUAGCUGUACCUUCGUCUUCAACUGCGUAAUUUAAGUCAGCUGAUUUCUUAGCGCCUCGAAAUUUCGUAGAGGUUAAUCUAUUUUCGUGGUAG